UGGGCGUUCAGCGAGGUGUGUUCUUUGCUUUUUCUACAGAAAGUUUCGAAAAUGGUGCAGCAACUAUCCAAAUCCGGGACGAGAGAUUCUCCUUUGCUGAAGGCUGGACACCCUCCUGCAGUUAAGGCUGGCGGUAAAAGGGUAGCCAAGAAAGGCAUUGAAGACAGUGCCUCCCAUGGGACUCCAGAGAAGGAGAGCAAGCGGUCUGAUAAACCAAGGACCCUUGCAACCUCCAACAGAAUGCAACAAGUUAGUAUUCUUCUGUCGGGAACUCUUGAAAAGCUGAGCCAUGACUUUCCAGAGACACCAGUGAGUGUGAGGCACGGAAAGGUGCGCCCCGCAAUGGAGAAGCCCCACUCCCUCCGGUCCUUUUGCAUCCAGCAGCCGAGGAAGUUUUGAACAACAUUUUGUUUAAGACUGGCCCCAGAGGGAACUGUGUCCAGUCAACUGUGAAAGACAAACAUGAAGGGUUAGACAAUUGAGGGGGCUGACAGGUUAUCUGUAAAGUGUCAGUAUUAAUGGGGUGCAAGAUUUCGUCAAGCUCUGAGUUUACUUUCUAGGCUGUGAGAGAAUGUGUAUAAACCAGCAUUUAAUGUGCCUUUUGAUAGUGUUAAGAGAAAUGCUUUUGUAUUUCCUUGUUGAUGGUGUUGGGGGUAUGUUUAAUGUGAGGGUGGUUUUGAGGGUUUUUGAAACUUUUUUUUUUUCCCCAGUUAAAUCUUAACUUUGUAUUGCUUGGCACUUAUUAGAUUUGAAUUAAAAAAAAAAUAGAAAUCGCAUGGCAUUCCUAUUUUGCAGUUCUCCUUUUUCCUCAAUGUGUAUUUGUAGUAAGUAGUAAUGACCACUAGGUGGCAGCAAAUGGCUGUUUAUAACGUGAGGACCUUUGUGUACUUUACCAAACUGUAAGUUGCAUUCAUUAAACAAUUACAACUUUC